AUUUCAUUAAAGAAAAAUAAGCUAGAAUCUCCUAUCCAAGGUUGUAAAACUACCAUUAUGAAUCAACCUACGAAUCAAGCAGUUAGAGAUCAGCCUCUGGUACCUCAAAAUGCUAAUAUUCCUGUAAAUUUAUCCUUUGAUAACCUUACUGCUGAACAACGAUAUUGA